CAUGCGGAGCGUGCGCGGAGCCCCGCCGGCGCCGCUGAUGCUGCUGGCGCUGCUGGUGCUGCUGCUGGCCGCGGGGCACGGAGCCGUCAUCACCGGGGCCUGCGACCGAGACCAGCAGUGCGGGGGCGGGAUGUGCUGCGCCGUCAGCCUCUGGAUCCGCAGCCUGAGGAUGUGCACCCCCAUGGGAAACCUGGGAGACGAGUGCCACCCCUUGAGUCACAGAGUGCCCUUCUCCGGGCGGCGGAUGCACCACACCUGCCCGUGCCUGCCGGGCCUGGCCUGCCUAAGGACUCCUCACAGCAGGUUCAGGUGUUUACCAGACUUCAGGAAAGAAGACGUCUUUUUUUAG